AUGGCUCCCGCCGCGACAGAUACCAAUUGGUCCGUAAACUACGAUGUUUUGAAGCGAGAGAAGCUCUUUCGGAAUCCUCCCGAGGACAAAACCGCAUAUCCUACCCUCGCCGAAUCUAUCAAGCCGCACGUCGACUCUUUCAAUGCGCUUUUCGAGAGCGGCGGAAUUCUAGAAGCCGGUCUUAGAGACAUUGGCACCAAGACCUUCCUCGAUGAGGUCGUUGAAACUGCCGACCAAAAGCAACAGCGUCUUGCGGAGGGCCGCAAACCCCCGAGACGGAAUAAACUCCAUGUUCGAAUCAAAGAAGUCUUCCUCGAGAAACCCGCCAUUCCCCCGACAAAUAAAUAUACCGCUCGUAACCGCAAUAUCUACCCGUCCGAGUGCAGAGAAAGGCAUGCGACGUACCGUGGGAAGCUCCGUGCGAGGAUUGAGUAUCGGGUCAACAAUGGAGACUGGACGGAGUCUCUUCGGGAACUUGGCCAAGUCCCGAUCAUGUUGAGGACCAACAGAUGCUACCUGGAAAAAGCAACCCCGGCAGAGCUCGUCCAGCACAAGGAGGAAUCAGAAGAGUUGGGCGGCUACUUCAUCGUCAACGGUAACGAAAAGCUGAUCCGUAUGCUGAUCGUCGGAAGGCGGAACUACCCCAUGGCCAUUGUUCGUAACACCUUCACAAACCGUGGCCACGCAUACACGAAAUUCGGUAUUCAAAUACGCUCGGUACGGCCCGACCAGACUUCGCAAACGAACGUUUUACACUAUCUCAAUGACGGAAACGUGACCUUCCGGUUCUCAUGGCGGAAGAAUGAAUAUAUUGUCCCCGUAAUGAUGAUUCUCAAGGCUCUGGUAGAGACGAACGACCGCGAAAUCUUCGAAGCAAUUGUUGGUGGUGUCUCUUCUGAGGGGAUCAACAACACGUUCGUUACAGACCGCGUGGAACUUUUGUUGCGGACAUACAAGGCAUACAAAUUACACAGUCGUUCAGAAUGCCGAGCCUUUAUCGGAGAGAAAUUCAAGCCCGUCCUCGGCGUCCCAACGGACAUGCCGAACGAGGAAGCUGGUGCUGAAUUUCUUCGCAGGGUUGUCCUGCCACAUCUGGGCAACCAAAAUGUGACGGAGACUCAGGACUACGACAAGUUCAAAAUGCUCAUGUUCAUGAUCCGCAAGCUUUACGCCGUCGUCGCCGGUGACUGUGCUCCUGACAACCCCGAUGCUGUCUCCAACCAGGAAGUCUUGUUAGGAGGUUUCCUCUACGGCAUGUUGUUGAAGGAAAGACUUGAUGAGUGGGUGAGGUCGUUUGGACCUAUCCUCAGGGAUUGGUCUAAUCGUAAUCAUGGGGCUAGGUUCACAGACCCAGCUUUUGAGAGAGAUUUUGUGAGCAGGGUCAUAAAGAGGUCCAAUGAGAACAUUGGAGGUGCUAUGGAGUAUUUCCUUUCUACAGGUAACCUUGUCAGUCCAACGGGGCUUGAUUUGCAGCAAACUUCCGGUUACACCGUCAUGGCGGAGAAGAUCAACUUCUACCGGUUUAUCAGUCAUUUCCGGAUGAUUCACAGAGGUAGUUUCUUCGCGCAACUCAAAACGACUACCGUUCGUAAGCUCCUUCCGGAGAGUUGGGGUUUCCUUUGCCCUGUGCAUACCCCUGAUGGAUCUCCGUGUGGUCUGCUUAACCACCUUGCUCAUAAGUGCCUGAUUACCACCAAGGAUACCGACGUAUCUCAUCUUCCAAAACUACUUGUCCAGCUCGGUGUUCGCAACGAAUCGUCCGUCUCAUUAACGGAGAGUGUAAGUGUUCAACUGGAUGGUAGGAUUAUCGGACACUGUUCGCCAAAGCAGGCGCGCGUGAUUGCCACCACUCUCAGACACUGGAAGGUUUCUGGUGCCCAUGAUGUUCCUCUCGACCUGGAAAUUGGCUACGUCCCCAAUUCAGCUGGUGGUCAAUAUCCCGGUGUCUACAUGUUCUCACAGGCUGCGCGGAUGUUCCGCCCCGUCAAGUACUUGCCGCUCGAUAAACUAGACUACGUCGGCCCAUUUGAACAGCCAUUCAUGGAGAUUGCCUGCUUGCCGACGGACUUGAUCCAAGGCGUUUCGAGUCACAUCGAAUUCACACCCACAAACAUUCUCUCAAUCGUCGCCAACAUGACUCCUUUCUCCGACUACAACCAAUCUCCACGUAACAUGUACCAGUGCCAAAUGAGCAAGCAGACCAUGGGUACGCCAGGUACAGCAAUCGACUACCGUACCGACAACAAGCUCUAUCGGUUACAAACCGGUCAAACGCCUAUUGUGCGACCACCGCUCUACAACGCUUACGGUCUAGACAACUUUCCCAACGGCACGAACGCCAUUGUCGCUAUUAUUUCAUACACGGGCUACGACAUGGACGACGCUAUGAUUAUCAACAAAUCCUCUCACGAACGUGGCUUCGGUUACGGUACGGUCUACAAAACAAAGAUUCACGCUCUUGAUGACAAGGACUCAAGACGAACGAAGUCUCGGCAGGCAAUUCAAAAGCUUUUCGGGUUUGCCCCAAGUGGUGAAGUCCGUGCUGAGUGGCGUAAGAAUCUUGACGAGGACGGCCUUCCUUACAUUGGUACUAAGAUCACCAGCGGCGACAUUGUUGCUGCGUACCACACAGUACGAUACGAUGCUGCCUCAGAUUCAUACGUCAAUGUGGAUGGUGCCACGCAAUUUAUGAAGUACAAGGACGACGAAGUUGCAUACGUCGAUAGCAUCCGUGUCAUGGGCUCUGAAACUGGUACCGAGCCUGCACAAUCACUCAGCAUCAAGUACCGUAUUCCUCGAAAGCCCAUCAUUGGUGACAAGUUUUCUUCUCGUCACGGUCAAAAGGGUGUUUGCUCUCAACUUUGGCCAUCAGUCGACAUGCCCUUCUCUGAGAGCGGUAUCCAACCAGACCUCAUCAUCAACCCCCACGCUUUCCCCUCUCGAAUGACAAUCGCCCAAAUGAUUGAAUCCAUGGCCGGUAAAGCCGGCUCACUACACGGCCACCCACAAGACUGCACCCCCUUCCAAUUCUCCGAAGAAAACACCGCAACAGACUACUUCGGCGAACAACUCCGCAAAGCCGGAUAUAACUACUACGGCAACGAGCCCCUCUACUCAGGAAUCACAGGCAAGGAAUUCGCAGCCGACAUCUUCAUCGGCGUCGUCCACUACCAACGUUUGCGUCACAUGGUCAACGACAAGUUCCAAGUCCGUACCACCGGACCAGUCAACAACCUCACCGGCCAACCCGUCAAGGGUCGUGCAAAGGGUGGUGGUAUCCGUGUUGGAGAGAUGGAGCGCGAUUCGCUGAUUGCGCACGGUGCGGCCUUCAUCCUCCAGGACCGGUUGAUGAACUGUUCCGAUUCGCAGCGCGCUUGGAUCUGUCGCGGCUGUGGCUCGUUCCUAUCGACCCAAGUUGCGGUCUCGUCGGUUGGCUCGAGCAAGGCGCGAUUGGCGGCGAAGGCUUCAGGUUCUGGUUCCUCGUCGCAUCAGGCCUCUGGUGCUCUUGGUGGGAAUGCAGGUAUUGUGCGGUGUAGGCGGUGCGCCAGGGAGGCUGUCUUCGAUGAUUCCCGUGCGGUUGUGUGGGAGGAUGGAGAGGGGAAGCGCUUUGUUGGUGGUGACAAUGUUACUGUUGUUGCUGUGCCAGGUGUGCUACGGUAUCUGGAUGUGGAACUUGCGGCGAUGGGCAUUCGCAUGAAGUUCCGUGUUGAUAAUUAA